CUCCCACCCGUCACUCUCCUCCUCCCGCUUCUCUUCCCACCACACUUAAUUCCAGAUCUGACCAUGAAUGGGUCAGGCUUCCUCCUCACUGUCCUCAGCCUGCUGGCAUGUCUCGUCUCCACCAUGCAGGCAUGUCCCCCCAGCUGCCACUGCCACGGCGGAGACCUGCAGCACGUCAUCUGUGACAACGUGGGGCUGAAGAAGAUCCCCAAAGUGCCCGAGCAGACGCGGCUUCUCAACCUGCAGAGGAACAACUUCCCCAUCCUGCCCACCAACGGCUUCCGUGACAUGAAGAAGCUGGUGUCCCUGCACCUCCAGAGCUCUCGCAUUAAGGAGAUCUCCACUGGAGCCUUCCGGGGGCUCAAGAGCCUGGUCUACCUCUACCUCACUGACAAUCAGAUCAGUGUCAUAAAGCCAGGAGCCUUUGAUGAUCUCUCUGAUCUCACCUACCUGUACCUGGACAAGAAUAAGAUCCCAGACCUACCCAAGGGGCUCCUCUCCCCUCUUGUCAACCUCUUCAUCCUGCACUUGGGCAGCAAUAAAAUCCAGGAGCUGAAACCAGGGGUCUUCAAUGGGGCUAAAGAUCUGCGCUGGCUCUUCCUCUCCGAUAACUCCCUCACCAACCUCCUACCUGGGGCCAUGGAGGAUGUAGAAAACCUUGCUGUCCUCCACCUGGACAAGAACCAGCUGAGCAGCUACCCUGUGAAUGCAAUGAGUAAGCUGAGAGUGCUGGAGGAACUCAAACUUUCUCACAACCCAAUUGAGGUCAUCCCUGACAACGCCUUCCAGUCCUUUGGGCGAUACCUGCAGACACUCCACCUGGACAACAUGAAACUGAAGAAGUUUGCAGACAAUGCGUUCGCCGGCGUGACCGCGCUGAAAACCGCCCAUGUGGAGAACAACCGGCUCACCCAACUGCCCCGAAACUUCCCUUUUGACAAGAUGGAGACGCUGACAAUCUCCCGAAACCCCUGGCACUGCAGCUGCCAGCUGGCACCUCUGCGCAAGUGGCUGAAAGGGAACCGCACCCGUGCUGAGGACAGCUGCUCCACGCCAGCCCAGUACCGGGGACAGCCCAUCAGGGACACCCCGGCCCUCCGCUCCUGCAAGCUGCCCACCAAGAGGUCCAGGAAGGGGAGCCGCCAUUAAACACCAGGCUCCAGCAUGGCCCGUCCUGGUGACCGGUCACUUCAGCCAUCAGAAAACUACUGACUUCCGAGUCCUUCCUUGAGCUUCUCCUACCUGUCAGGAAAUACUCCUGACAUAUAUGAACACCUGCAGCCUCCUCUGAAUCCCUGCUUCUCUGCUGAUCACAAGGAUGGAAUCCACCUUCUCAGUCUUUUCCGACAUCUAUGUAUUUUAAAAGAGGCCUUUUUGAAAACUAAACUAUGCAUGCCCAUACUAAGACAAGCUAGGCUAGAUCCUGCUGGUAGAACAGUCAUCUUUCCCAGAAGAAACAUAACCCACA